GUCGAGAAAGGCAACUGCCUUCCUUCCUUCUUCCCGAGUGAGCCACAUCAAACCAAGCUGUCGUCGUGCUGGAGCCCUGUAACCAACCAUUCCUUUCCCUUCUAUAAAAUCCACUCCCGUAAUUCCACUGUGUCCUCUUCUCUUUCGUUUUCGUUAUUCGCUCCUCCAUUCAUUGGCACACGGCACUGUCUGCGCUGCCCGACGCGGCAAACGACGACUCUCCUCCACAUCACAGUCACAACUCGUCUCGUCUCCCCCCUUUUAUAUACUUUUUUCUUCAUUUUCCAUAUCUCUGUUAUCCUUUCACUGUCCAAAAGAAAGGAGCCGGAGGAACCAUAAUCUCAGGCUUGAGCUGUUUCAGUCUCUAAUGGAGGAUCGCAAGGAGAGGAAUGCACCAUGGCUAUCAGUGCCACAAUUUGGGGACUGGGAUCAGAAGGGUCCAUUGCCAGACUACUCCAUGGAUUUCUCGAAGAUCAGGGAAAUGAGGAAGCAGAACAAAACCAGGGCCAGUCUGGGAAAUGAGGAAGAACUCAUUAACCCGACCGCAAACCUGCCCAAAGCUAGCCACAACAAUGACAAUCAACCACAGCAGUACCAUCACAGCAACCACCAACAACACUCCCCCACUGUAAGACUUCUUCUUUCCUUUCUUGUUCUGUGUUGAUAAGGCCUAGUAGCUGUAGUUUCGAAAUGACAAAUAUGGCAUGACACUUAAAUUUCGCCUACUUGUUAUCUUGAAUGUUAAUGGAAACAUAUUACUCAGAUGAUGUUAACACCUCUAUCAAAUUGGAGUGCACCAUAUUGGUCAUCAAACUAGAGCUAAUUUCAUAUCAUAUUUGUCAUUUAGGAGGGAAAAAGUAGAAUUAUGUCAAGCUUUGUCAAGUUGAGCUUUCCUCUGCAUUUUAAACCAUAGAUAAUAACAAUGUCAGUUUGUGAUCUAAAUGGUACAGAUACAACUGUGGACAGAGAGUAGUUGAAGGAAUUUAAUUAGGUAGAGGGCCAACCAUUAAUAAAAGGAUAUCAAUGCUACUAUGGAUUUGCAAAUGGGGUGUGCCAUGUGGGGAGGGUUUGAUGGGGUCAUGAGUUGUUGAGAAAGGAGAGAGCUUUGGAAUUAUAUUAUUACUUUUGGGUAGGAGAGAAGCUUUAGUAUUUUUAAAUUCCUCUGGGAAUGAAUGUACUUUGUUUAGAAUACUGAUUUUUCGAGGUGGGAUCAUGGAAGAAAAUCUUGGGUUCCUUGCUUUGUUCUAAGGCUGCUACCAAUGGAGCUGUCAUAUUAAAAUCAUAUAUGUGCAAGAGAUAUCUCGGAUUUGACAUUUCGCUACAGGACUUUGAAAUCAACAGAUUAUGGUAUAGAAUAUACUUGUGACUUGUUAUAGAAUUCGUCGUCGGCUGCUGUCAUUCUAUAGUUAGAGGAUUAAGAAAACGAGUCAUGAGUCAUGCCAUUCUUCAACUUCAACUUGAAGUGGUUCUUGAAGGAACGAUAAGAGAUCCAUUUUACUCGUCGGAAAGAAGGGGAAAAAAGAAAAAGUAAAUUCGUUAAUGAUAAUAUUCGAGUUGUUAGGAUAAGGAUAGUGAUGGUUCUCGGCCGUUCUUCUAAUUUUGAACCUUGCAUAUGGAUUGGGUUUUAAGUGAUCUACUUAUGGCCCGAAUUCUAUCUUCUGGGUUGGUGGCCUCACCAGGAAGAAAGGGUGUCCUUGGAGGCUGAUUGUCUGUCAAGAAACCUUAACCCUUUAGCAGGCCCACAUGCCAUACGAUAUUGGGGACAGUGAUUAACUAGAGGGAUGAACCAAUUCAAUUAUUCUUUUUGUUUCAUUUCCUUGAACAUGAUGGAGAUAUCUGUGCACUGUCUGGAAAGUGGUGAGCAGAAGUACACGACUGACCUAUUAACUUCUGCAUGUAUUUGGUACAACAAGCCAACUCAACAGAUCAAAAUGAAACCUUUUGCCAUUUUCUUUGAAAAUUCCUUAGAUCUGAAUUUCUUCUCACACGACGCAUUUAAGGACGCGGUUGAAAAGAUGUUGGAUGAAACCAACCAGGCGUGAGAGAGAUGAGAGAGAGAGAGGUGAGAGAGAGAGAGGUGAGAGAGAGAGAGGUGAGAGAGAGCGGGGGUGAGAGUCUUGGUGAAUGUUCGUCUUUUUGCAGGUACGCGGCGGUGGAUCGGGUGUCAGCGGGUAACAAUUCAUCGGAUUUUUGUCAGCACAGGUCGGAAGCUUUUCAUUUCAAGACGAUAUCUGGGCACAGAACUGUUGUCAUUGAGGAUUAUGUUACAAAAAGGAAGAGGCUUGUUAGGAUUUCAUCAGAUGAACCUCGGCGCAGGAGAUUGAUUUACUUGGAAGUGUCCCAGGCUGUGUGGCUCGGUAAAACACUAAAAGAUAUAUCGCAGAGGGGCUGGGAAUCAAACUCUUUUCACCGGAGGACAGAACCUUCUCGUGCCAUCUCUGUCGACAGAUUAGCUUGUCGGGAAGGAUGCUUUCUCAAAAUCUCGGAAAGAAUCCCGACUGGUGACUAAGUCCUAUCCGAAGAAGCAUAUACAGAGGAAUGCCUGGCUUGUUCAAGGAAAAUCCUACGCUGAGGCUGUUAAGCAGAGUUUCUCACUGGAAGAGGGGAAGAGCGCCAUCAAAAAACAUAAUUCCCUACCCUUCCUACAGGUUGAAGAGAAUGGAGUUCCUGAUAGAUUGCACUUCCUCGACCGAUGCCUUUCGAUCAGCUUCUUUGAUAAAAAGAAUCAGGGUCUACCAUCCGCUCUUUCGGAAGAAUUUAUGCACUGGGCUAGAAGACGUUGGAACCUGCCUGAAGAAACAAGCUUCUCUAAUAGGGUCGGGGAUCUCUGGUUCCUAGUUUGUACUUCCUUGCCUGAAGCUAUAAGGGUCAAAGAAGAUGGUUACGCUAAAUUUCGUCAAUGGAAUGUCAUUCUGAGAUAUUGGAAGGAGGAAGACGGGCGUUGUUUCGCGCCGCAAGGUGGGCUUCAGUGGGUUUUGGUUUUCGGCAUCCCUCCUUUUCUUCGGUCGGCGGAUGUAUUCAAGAACAUAGGUCAGUUGUGUGGGGGUUUCAUAGACGCCGAUCAUAGCGCCUGGUCUGAUCCAUACGUCCGUAUCAAGAUUCGACCAAGGGGUGUUCUGCCGGAAAUCCUGCCGAUCAGGUUUGGCUGCACAGUCUUUGUAGCCAAAAUUAUUCCGGUGCCGGAGAUUGAUCGGCCGAUGGCGGACUUGAACCGUCGCCGUCUUCUGGAUCAGAUCUCAAGAUCGUGCUGUGCAAGGAAACUGUCCAACCGUGAACGUGCCUCGUGUGCUGCGAAUGAGGCCACUUCCUCGUUGCAACCGAGCAACGCCUCGAUUCCUUCAGUGCCGUCUCCUGGCAAGAAAGUGGAGUUCUCCCCCGCUCAGCAAUUAAAACCGGGUCAUGCAUCUGGGAUCAGGAAAAUCUGGGUCCGGAAAUACGGCCCACCAACCAAGCCCAUAUCUCACCACCCCCCAUCCUUCUGUGAACCCAUGGACUCCGAGCCCUUUUCAAUCUUUGAGACCCUCCCCGUCGGCCCAGCUUCUAUUGGGCAUCCGGGAUUAGCCCCUGUCCUAGCCUCUUCUGCUCCCCUUCCCAGCCCACAACCUCCCUCACCCUGCUGUGAACCCAGUGAACCUGAGCCCAUAACUACCUUUGAGACCCUCCCCGUCGGCCCAUCCUCUUCUGGGCGGCCCGGUUUAGCCCUUGCCGUAACCUCUUCUGCUUUCUUUCCUAACCCACCCCCUAAGCCCAACCCCUCCUUAGUACUGUGCAAACCUCUCUCUUUCUCCCCAGCUCUUGUUUUCGACUCUGUCAUUUCCCUUCUCAGUCUUUCCAUCCCCCAAUCCAUUAUUCACAGACACCCUUCGAUUCCUUUCCAUCCCGACCCCAUUUGUCUACUAAAUUCCUCUUUGCCACUCCUUAUUCCUGAACCCCAAAAUGUCGAUACCGCUAUCCCUGACGAAAGCUCUAGCCCAUCCUCGCCUAACUCAUGUUGGAGCUCCCCUGCCUCCCCGUUCCUUGUCUCCCCCGAACUUGCUGCCCAGGAAUGCCUUGCGAUCACUAUCUAUAAUCCUCUCAACUCAGAAUACUUCGAAUCGUGGCGGUCCAGGCAAGAUUUGUUGAGUCUGGUCUCACAGUGUAAGCUGUUCUGUGAUAUCCUCAAAUUGUCGGAUUCGGUCUCUGCUGAUAGUGCAAAACAAAAAGUCAGCCUGAUUGCGGCAGAUACUCACCGGAAGAGGAAGAGAGAAUCGAGGUCUAAAUUAGAAAUGGAGUUACGCAGGCUGGGUCUGGACUCCCCUCCCCCUAUCUACAGAUCCCGAAAUCGAUCCUCCCAGUGAAGCUUGUCGAGAAUCUUGGUACUACAGUGAAUAAUUGAUCCUGAUGAUUCAUUCUGUUAUUGCUUGGAAUGUGAGAGGGUUAGGUAAUCCCAACAAAAGAGCUAAGAUUAAAAGGCUGUUGAAGAGAUGGAAUCCGUCUAUAGUUGGCCUCACGGAAACCAAAUGGAAGUCGUGCGACAAUAGUUUGAUAUCCUCUAUUAGUGGCACCAAGGACAGUGAAUGGGUUGCAAAGAAUUCAAAUGGAGCAAGUGGCGGUAUCGCAAUUUUCUGGAAACCUACAAUCUAUAAGGCCCUUACGAUUUGGGAAGGACGUUUUUCGUUGGCAGUUAGGCUAAAGAUUAUUGAGACCGAGGAGAUCAUAUCCUUCUUAGUUGUAUAUGGUCCACAGGAAAAAGAGGAGAAACGGGAAUUUCUGAAAGAGAUUGAGAUGGUUUGCAGGGAGUAUUUGGCUGCUCUAUGUAUCAUUGGUGACUUCAAUCUUGUUAGAACAGAAGAUGAUUUCAUGGGCUGCCCUCGGGAUUGCGAGAUCAUGGAAGAGUUUAAUAGUAUGAUAUGCAGAUGUAAUCUCGUUGAACUUCCAUUACAGGGGGCGAGGUAUACCUGGAGCAGAGGCGGAUCGAACAGAUCUUCGUCCCGAAUUGACAGAGCGUUGAUUAACACAAGCUUUGAACAGAUGGUAUCUCCGGAUGCACUUACUGCACUUGAUAGAGUCGAAUCGGAUCACAAUCCGAUUAUGUUACAAUGGGGGAUUAUGGAACGCAUUAAGCAUCCCUGGAGAUUUGAGAACAUGUGGUUACAAGAGGAUUCUUUCCUGCAGAGUCUUGUGGGAUGGUGGAACGUUCCCGUUAACGGGACCAGUCACUUAGUUAGAUUCGGUCAAAAGAGUAGACAGUCUAAAUUGCUGAUAAAACAGUGGAACCGUGAACACUUUGGCAAAGUUGAAAAAAGGAUUGCUGAGCUCCUAAUCAGAAUCAAGAACAUUGAUGAAGCUGAAGAUGCAGGGGUGUUUAAUCCUGUUUUGGUGUCGGAGAAGGCCAUUCUCAAAUGUGAGCUUGAAAGAGUCCUUAUCAUGGAAGAGAUUUCAUGGCGGCAGCGUUCUAGAGAAGUGUGGCUUCAAGUGGGCGACAAGAACACCGGGUAUUUUCACAGGGUGGCAAAAGUUAAAAGCAGAAGGAAGAAGAUAAAAAGAAUUGUGAUUGAUGGCAGAAGUACGGAGGAUGGAAAUGAAAUCAAAAGUGCAUUUCAAGAACACUUCACAGCUAAGUAUAUGGAAGAAGAGGAAGACAGACCUUUCCCGACUAGAUAUAGAGAGUGUCGGGUUUCUCUUGAGGACAGCGAUGCGUUGGUAGUGCCGUUCACCGAGAAGGAAGUUUGGAUAGCCAUAAGUCAGUGUAAUGGAAGCAAAGCUCCGGGGCCAGACGGUUAUACGAUCGAAUUCUUCAAAAAAGCUUGGGGCAUCAUCAAAUCCGAUCUGUUAAAGGCCUUCGAUGACUUCUUUCUUGCAGGUUCUCUUCCGCAGUCGAUCGCUCAUGCCUUCAUAUGUUUGCUGCCCAAGAAGGAUUCUGUUGAGAUGGUCUCAGAUUUUCGCCCAAUCAGCCUUUUAGGAAGUGUAAAUAAGAUCAUCGCGAAGGUACUGUUCAAUCGCCUACAGCCCCAUGUGAAUAAUCUCAUCUCAGACUACCAGUUUGCAGGGAAAAGGGGCAAAGUUAUACAUGAAUCAUGUCUGAUCGCUAACGAGGUAAUAGACAGCAGAAGGAGAAGCGGAAAGCCUGGGCUAGUUAUCAAACUGGAUAUAGAGAAGGCAUUUGAUUCCAUAUCUUGGGAAUGUAUUCUCAAAGCUUUGGAGCAUUUGGGAAUUCACUCUAGAUUUCGAAAAUGGAUUAAAGGUAUGAUUGCAUCAUCGAGAUUGUCCACUUUAAUCAAUGGGGAAUCCAUCGGGUUCUUCGGUAUGAGUCGAGGCAUCAAACAAGGCGAUCCACUGUCACCGUUUCUUUUCAACAUAGGCAUGGAUAUCCUCUCCUUUAUCAUCUGCGAAAUUAAGAAUGCCGGGCACAUUAAUGGUUUCUGCUUUGAUGAGGAAAAUCGGCAAGGGGAAAUUACUCACCUGCUGUAUGCAGACGAUGCCAUACUGUUUUGCGAGGCUAAUGAAGAUGAGGUGCGUAAUACUUUGGCUGCUCUUGUGUGCUUUCAGGCUAUCUCCGGACUGCAGAUAAACCUUGAGAAAACAAAAAUGUUUCCUGUUGGAGAUGUUCCGAACAUUGACAGGUUAGUCGAGAUCUUUGGCUGUGAGUGGGCCUUCUUGCCAACCAUUUAUCUUGGCGUUCCUCUCGGGUGCCAAUCUCCUCCAACCUCACAUUGGGAUAAAAUUGUCAACAGAACGCAGAAUAGAUUGGAAGGAUGGAAAGGGUUGCUGCUGUCUUUAGGAGGCAGAGUUGUGCUCAUCAACUCGGUUCUUGCGAGCCAGUGCACAUAUAUGAGCUCACUCUUCUUGAUUCCUAAGAAUGUUAUCAAAACCUUGGAGAAGAUCCAGAGGGAUUUCUUGUGGUCAGGGACUCAGGAAAAGGAGAGAUUCCACCUUGUUUCGUGGGAUUUGUGUAAAACAGCCAAGAAAAGAGGAGGUUUAGGCAUCCGUGACCUCGAGCUUCAUAAUCAAGCUCUUUUGAUGAAAUGGCAUUGGAGAUAUGCUACGGAAAGAUCUUCUUGGUGGAGAGAGUGCAUAAAUUUCAAGUUUCCCAACCAGUGUUCAGAAUGGUAUCCUGGAAAUAGAUCGGGGAGAAUUGGUGGGAGUCCUUGGGCUGUGAUAAUGAAACUUCAGUCUACUUUUUGGAAAUUAACUAGCAUUGAUCAUGGAAACGGGUUUUGGACUUCGUUCUGGUUCGAUACUUGGGUGAAUGGCAUCCGCUUGGCUGAUGAAUUUCCUAGAGUGUGUGCCGCGGCUGAAUUCCCGAACUCCACGAUCGCCGACUACCUAUCUUUUUCUGAGGGAAAUGUGUCUUGGAAUAUUCCAUUAUUGCAUUCUCUUCGGGGUGGGGCUGAAAGAGAGAGAGUGAGACUGUUUGAUCUUCUUAAUUCUAUCCCUUCUCAUAACUCUUUUGCAGGUCCAGAAAGACCGAUCUGGCGUCCGUCUCCGACAGCUAGCUUCAGUGUGCAUUCGGCUUUCGAACACUUCGCGGCUGCUCGCUUCAAGGGAGUCGAGAACUUCCCAUCAAAGACAGUUUGGCACUGCAUCAUUCCAAGCAAGAUCUGCAUUUUCCUUUGGUUGGUCUUCCACAAAAGGAUUCUCACCAUCGACAAUCUCAAAAGAAAGGGUAUAAGCCUGCCGAACAGAUGUGCCCUUUGCAAGGUUGAAGAGGAGUCUGCUAAUCACAUCUUCACAAGCUGCGGAUUUUCAAGACAGGUGUGGUGCAUCCUGAAAAGUUUUGUGAAGAUUGAUAACAGAGUAGAAGAAGCUGGUGAUAUUUCGGAAAGAAUUCGUAGGUGGCAACAUAACAAGCCCAACAAUCCUGCAGAGUGGUGUACAAGGGUGGCCCUUCAUGCAUUCUGUUGGCACAUUUGGCUCGAAAGGAACUCAAGAAUUUUUAGAGAAGUGGAUGGCACAAUUCAGCUCGCUGCUUUGAAGAUUGGUCAUGCAAUCUUUUGGUGGCUAGUGGCAAACAGAAAGGUCGAGAAAGAAGUUGCGGAAAGCUGGUUCAACGAGAUGAAAGCAAGACUCUUUCCUACAGUCAAUCCUGUCCCGGAUCAUCCCCUUCCACCGGCUGCUGAUUAACAAAUUCUGAUGCUGCUGUUCCUGAAGGGUGCGCGAUCCUUGGUGUGAUUGUGUCGAGGGUCCAUGUAACCUAAUACAUCUGCCUUUGUUCUCGUUUGUGCGCUGGAUUGAUCGUAUUUUAUAGCGCUGGUAGAAGUGGAGGGGAGAAUUAGGGAGUUCUGGACUUGCAGUCCGCUGUCCAAUCUCCUUUUCCUCGCUGCGUACUGCUAUUGUUGCUGUCUCUGUUUUUUCCUUCCCCCCCCCCCCCCCCCCUUCUGUUUUCUGUUUCCUUUUUCCUUGUCUUUAAUAAAAUUUAUAUCAUCCUUAACAAAAAAAAAGUACCUGAAGACAGAAGAGAGCUGAUGAGCUAUUGCUUUAAUAGAAUGUUGAGCUUCUUGUUAUGGUCUUUAAACUCUCUCAACAUUUCCGUGAACAGGCAAGAAGGAGCUUCUUCAGUUACUUCAACUGCUGUGUGAAAGCUUGAGAAACAAGGCGGCUGCGGCGGCUGAAGGAAUGAAUGGUGGGUUUAUCAUGGAUCCUAGAGUGAAUAUUCUGUGUUGCUAGAUGCUAUUCUGAAGGAUCCUUUUGAUGUUUGUUUCCCAUCUGUGUGACCUUAUAGUAUUCUCAUCAUGUAGUAGAGCACUUCUUCCUUGAUCUCUAUCAUCCCAAUUUGGUUUCUUUUCAUGGCCUGAUUUGUUUUUAUUCAUAAUCCAAACAAGGGAUGAUUAAGAAGUACUGCAGGGUUUAGAAUGUUGAGCAAUAGAUUCUGUGCCAUCCUGUACACACCAUCCUUCAAACUGAAAUCGAAAUGAUCAGACAAGUAUUUAUAGGGUUA